CGCACGCAUAGGAAUCCCCAUCAACGACCGUCUCCGUGCAGACAUGGCCUCAGACCAGAAAUCCGCCGCCUCCUCCUCCCGCCUCAACCAGCGCUCAUUCGGCGUCACAAACAAGAUCUGGCUCCUCCUCCUCCUCUGCUGCUUCCUCUUCUUCGUCACACACGUCUUCGUCCCCUCCGCAGCGCCCCCACCCCGCCUCGGCACCUUCACCGACGCACGCCAGGAGCCCAAGAACUACCUUCACGAGGCCAGCCUCCUCUCCCCCGAUGGCAUCGUCGGCGGCGUCAACGGCUCCGAGCAGGCAGCGAGCAACCCCUUCGACUUUUGCCCCGUCUUUGGGCCCAACGACGACAUUGCGGAAAAGUACGGCAUCAUGGUUCUCUCCCAGAGCAGGAUGCAUCUAGGCAGCGGAGGCCGCGUCCACCGCGUCAUCCAGAAGGCCCUCCUCGGCCAACCCGUCAUCAUCAGUGUUCUCGGCGGCUCAGUAUCGGCAUGCCAUGGUGCAGGCGACGACCCGCUCUCAUCAAAGUGUUAUCCUUCCCGCUUCUUCCAGUGGUGGACGAGCAUCUUCCCGCACCCCGCCUCUGAGCUUACCAACGGCGCCAUGCGACGGACAAACUCAGGCUACUUUGGCUACUGCAGCACACACCACGUCCCCGACUACGCGGACCUCAUCGUCGUCGAGUUCGAUACCGACGACGGCGCAGACCCCAAGGCGAUGGAACACUUUGAGCUCCUCAUCCGCUCUCUGCUCGACCGCCCCGACCAGCCCGCGGUGCUCAUCCUCGGCCACUUCAGCCCCCAAGUUCACCAGGCGCACGGAUACGCGGGCCCCGAGCACUUGCACAACGUCGUCGCGCAGUUCUACGACGUCCCCCACCUCAGCGUCAAACCGAUCCUCUACCCCUCCUACAUGGUCAACCCGGACCUCAUCAAGCCCUACUUCGCAGACAACAUCCUCGCGAACGCCGACGGCCACGCGCUCCUCGCCGACGUCCUCGUCUCCUACUUCCAGUCGCAGAUCUGCGCCGCAUGGGCGACCGCCGCCGGGCACUCGUACGAGACGCUCCCGAUGAUGCUCGCGCCGGGAUACAACCCCUCGGGCGACACGCACCUCUUUGGCGGCGUCGGCGCGCGCAAGGGCGUGCCGGAGCCGAAGAAGGCGGAUAAGGCGGGCAAGGAGAAGGACGCGAAGGAGAAGGCGGAGAAGGACGGCGCCGGCGGGAAAGACAAGGGCACCGGCGGGGAGGGCGCGAAGACGGAUCCGAUCCCGAUAUACCCCGAGCUGCGCAUUCCGCCCGUGCGCAUCGGCACGCGCGCGGGGGAGCAGCGCCCGUUCGAGGAGCCCGCGCCGUUCUGCGCGUCUGCGAACGACCUUGUCAAUCCUUUACCUCCGUCGUUGUUCUACGGCAGCGGGUGGCACAAUGCGCGUCCGCCGAGCGGGACGAGUCCGUUGUUGACGGCGGGGUAUCAUUGGUAUGCGACGCAGCCGAUGAGCAAGCUGCGGGUGCCGAUUAAGACGGGGGCGGGGGAUGUGGGGAUUUAUUUUUUGAAGGAGCCGCUGGGGGGUGGGGAGGGGGAGGGGGAGGGGAGCGCGGUGGAGUGUUGGGUGGAUGAUAAUUUUGGGGGGGCCAAGAUUAUUGAGGGGAGGGGGCAGGUGGGGGCUGCGACGCCUACGCUGGAGAUCAUCGAUCACUAUGUGUCGCGCGGGAACCAUUAUGUCGAGUGUGUGUUGCUCGGCGACGAGGGCGUCGAGGUGUCGCCGUUCAAGAUUAUCGGCAUUUUUGCUACCUAGUCGUUCACUGUUUUCUCAAAAAUUAGUUGAUGGUCGAUACCAGCGGGGGAGUGCGCGGCGUGGAGGGCGAUCUGGGGAGCGUGGAUACUCUUUUUUUCUUAGCUAACUCUAACUAGGGCUACUGUUAUGUAGUGUAAUAUCGCGGAACGUUGGCGGUACCGGGCUGCUAGCUGUACAUACAGUAUGUGCGUGAUGGGGCUGCGGCUCGAUCGCGG